CGUCACUUCCCAGUCAAACGUGGCGGCCGCGACAGGAGAACGAAGGAGUGGCUGUACGAUCUGUCAAGUUGCUCAGUUUUCAUUGUGUAUUUAAUGUUUUUUUUCGUAACUGGAUUAAUAAUUGUGUAAUUACAAGUAGAUCCAGUAGUAUUAUUAAUAAAACUCAUUAGAAACAUGUCGUCGUCGGGUGAUUUUGGUAACCCGUUGAGAAAAUUCAAGCUUGUGUUCCUAGGUGAACAAAGUGUUGGGAAGACUUCUCUUAUUACACGUUUUAUGUAUGACAGCUUCGACAAUACUUAUCAGGCUACAAUAGGGAUAGAUUUCCUGAGUAAAACCAUGUAUCUGGAAGAUAGAACUGUUAGACUGCAGUUAUGGGAUACAGCUGGUCAAGAGAGAUUCCGUUCUCUAAUUCCAAGUUAUAUUAGAGAUUCUACCGUUGCUGUCGUUGUUUACGAUAUUACUAAUGCUAAUUCAUUUCACCAAACAUCAAAAUGGAUUGAUGAUGUACGAACGGAGAGAGGCAGUGAUGUUAUUAUUAUGCUUGUUGGUAAUAAGACGGAUUUGAGUGAUAAACGACAAGUUUCAACUGAAGAUGGAGAGCGUAAAGCUAAAGAAUUAAAUGUGAUGUUUAUUGAGACUAGUGCUAAGGCAGGAUACAAUGUCAAACAGCUAUUCAGAAGAGUUGCUGCAGCAUUGCCUGGUAUGGACUCCACAGAAAAUAAACCUCCAGAAGACACUGUUGAUUUGCAGAAUCAAUCAUCAAUGCAGAAUGGAUCCGAGUCAGAAGGAGAAGGUGGAUGCAUUUGCUAGGAAAAAAUAUUUCAAAGGAUAAACGAACCAAAAUGGUACAUUUUAAUGUACGUGACGUUCAUUUUCUCUAUCGUAAAACCAAAUAUACUUUAUUAUGUAGACCUUGGUUACUUAUUGAACGUAUAAAUAUUUCAAAAAUCGUUAAAGCGUCGUAAUAAUAAAUUAAUAAUGAUUUUUGUUUAUAGUAAAAAUUUAUUAUAAUUUAAGUGUGCUUGUACUAUUUUUAGCGAUAUGUGAAAGUGAAAUUGUGCGACUUUUCCCAUUUGAAAGUUUAUAGACAAGCACUGUGAUAUAUUUUUCGUUAAAAUGAUAGAAAAUGUUUAAUAUUUAUUAACUUCUUGUACAAUAUUUUUGCUUCAUUUUGUAAACAAUUUUUAUAACUUAUAAAUAUUGAAGAAAUUGUUUUUUUUCAUGUGAACAAUGAAUUUGAAACACUUGAUAGUUUGAAUUUCAUCUUUUUCUCGGUUGAAUUCAUUAUUCUUAAUGAAUAAUUCUAUCAUUUCAGCAGUAUAAUAAUCUGAUAAUGAUUAUUUUAUGAUGAAAAAUAAUUUGAUGGCACGCAAAAUAAUAAAAAUGUUGUGGGAAAGCGUAUAGUUAACAUACUUAUAUAAAAUAAUUGCUUUGGACUUGACACUGGCAGAAAACUGUUACGUUUAAUCUAAGAGACUGAAUGUUUUUCGUACCUUCAUCACGCCAUCACCUAAAAAGUAGAACUAGUUUAGAUUUUGGGCUAUUAUGAAGACACGGGCAUAAUAAUAAUUAAAUAAAUGCAAAACUUAAAAAUGAGAUCAUAUUAUGAUGAUGAUGAUUAUUAUUAUUAAUACAAAUAAAAUAUAAUUAUGCCAUGAUUAAUGGGCCAAUUUUUUACCAACCUAAUGAAUAAUUAUCAAGUACUGUGCCCAUGGUAAAUCAUCCUAUGCUAAAUACUAUUAAUGCUAAUACAAAUUCCCUGCGAAUUUAAUCUGCCUAUGCAUGAAAUUGUGCAAAAAUGAAUGAUAAACACCAAUUUGUUAAUGUGAAUCUGCAAGAAGGCUCAAUUUCUACGCUACAUUAUCUUUAAUCACCCCUAUAACAUUAUUUAUUGUAGAGUUUAAUGGAUAGUAGAGCUAUGAGAAAUGUCAAUUACUGUUUUUUUUAUUGUUAUUAUUCAUUGAGUAAUAUACCGUUACAUAAGUUUAUUCAAAGUGGAUUGGAAACAGAAAACUUACAUAUGAAGUUAAAUUUUGUGUUAAUUCAUUUAAAGUUCAUGCAGUAAAAAUAUCUUAGGUUUUACUUUUUGAUUUUAAAUGAAAAAUUAAUAAUCAAAACUUAUCAGUAUGUGUUGUUUUCAAAUUCAUAAAUUUUAUUUCAUUUAUAAUAAUUAUUUCUUGCUUCUCAUAAUUAAUUUAUAAAUAAUGUAAGAGUUUAUCAUUGUAAUUAAAAUUUACAAUUAUUUGGUGUGGUGAAGGAUGUAGAGAAAUAGGAUUUAAUUCUUUAGCUUUGGCAUAAGUGUAGUAAUUUACAAAUAUAUAAAUUCAUUAUUGUUAAACCAUAUAUAUUCAACAGGAGAAAAAUUCAAAUUGUGUCUUUAAAUUAUUGAUUUUAAACGAGAAAAAAAAACAAAAAUAUCAGAUGUUAUAAUCAGUUACAAAAAUUGUUAUAAGAUUAAACAAAUCUAGACUUUUGAAUUAUUACAAAAUACCAUUUUCGAUUGGUUUUUAUGAUGUAAGCAAAAUCGUUCAGCAAUCUAUUACAUUUGCAAACUAUCGAAGCUUGUUAAUGAAAGAAGAUAAAUAGUAUAAGAAUGAAUAACGAGUUAUUUGUGUUCACGGAAUUUACCGUUUUCUAUUGCUUAUAUACCUUUGUAUCACAUACAGCCACGCGAUUGUAACACAAUACGCAGUGAAAUAAGAAAACAAAAUCUGUAUCGGGUGCAAUAAAAUAGAUAUUGACAACUA